CAGUUUUCUGCCCUCUGUUCUAUUUGAAUUCCCUGGCUUUGCACCCCACGGAACAAUGUCCUCUCUCUUCAUUCCUCCACCAGCAUGCCUUCUCAGGCCACUUGAAGUACCCCACCGCUACCUCUUUGGACCCGGACCAUCCAACGUGUCACCGCGAGUCCAGGCUUCUGGGGCAAGACAAAUGAUAGGGCAUCUUCACAGAGAAAUGCUGGAGAUUAUGGAUGACAUUAAAAAAGGGAUUCAGUAUGCAUUUCAAACCCAGAACAGCAUGACUAUUGCCAUAAGUGGGUCUGGUCACACUGCCAUGGAAUGUGCUCUUUUUAACACUGUUGAACCAGGGGACAGUGUCCUUAUUGCUGUAAAUGGCAUAUGGGGAGAGAGGGCAGCAGAAAUUGCAGACAGAAUUGGAGCAAGAGUUAACACCAUUGUCAAGCUUCCUGGUGGUUAUUUCACAAAUGAAGAAAUUGAACAGGCUUUAUAUGAACACAAACCAGUGCUAUUCUUUCUCACACAUGGAGAAUCUUCUUCUGGAGUUGUCCAUCCCUUAGAUGGUAUUGGAGAACUGUGUCACAACCAAAACUGUUUGUUUCUAGUGGAUGCCGUUGCAUCGUUGGGUGGCUCACCUAUCGUCAUGGACAAGCAAGGCAUUGACGUACUGUAUACUGCCUCCCAGAAGGUUCUAAGCUCGCCACCUGGGACUGCACCCAUUUCCUUUAGUGAGGGAGCUUGCAAAAAAAUUUUCAACAGAAAGACAAAGCCAGUGUCUUUUCUCCUCGACAUGAGUUGGCUAGCAAACUAUUGGGGUUGUGAUGGCAAACCAGCAAGAAUGUACCACCACACAGGACCUAUAUCUGGGCUUUUUGCCUUGAGAGAAAGCCUUGCCGCCCUUUCCGAAAUGGGCCUAGAAAAAUCCUGGACUCAGCACAACAAGAUUGCAGAGCAUCUGCAUAAAGGGUUGGAAAGUUUGGGUCUCAAGUUAUUUGUACAAGAAAAGUCCCUUAGGCUGCCAACAAUAACCACCAUUGCAGUUCCACCAGGGUAUGACUGGAGGGAAAUCAUAGGCUAUAUCAUGAAGCACCACAACAUAGAGAUCUCUGGAGGAUUGGGGUCCUCCUCUGGCAUGGUGCUGCGUAUAGGCCUGAUGGGGUACAACUGCAACCAAGCCAAUGCUGACAUGGUGCUAAUGGCACUGAGGGAUGCACUUAAACACUGUCACAAGAGCAAAGUGUAGAGACAUCCCACAGAUUCCAGGUCCAGUGCCUUGGAAAAAGCAAAAGCUCUGAUGAAACCUGCAAUUUGCAUGAGAGGAGUAUUAAUAAAAUGUCACAAAAUGAA